AUGUCUGAUUUUGUUCCGGAAGGUAUAGUGGAGGAAAUCCUCCAUCGCCUACCGCCAAAAAGCAUUGGAAAAUGUAUGGCAGUGUGCAAAUCUUGGAACUUAUUGAUAAAAAGCCACAGCUUCGUUUCCUCGUAUCAUCAAGCAGCACACACUCCUCCUCCUCUCUUCCUUGUCAAGACCUCACUGUAUCAGGGUUUUCUAUGCUCCCAGUCCCCACCAAAUAUCGAAUGCUUGUUUUCAAUUCCUAAAGUUAAAGAUGUAUCCAGGUUUGUGGGCGCUGUCAACGGCCUCGUUUGCCUCAAUUCCUACCAACCUGGACGUGAUUCCAACAUGAAUUACAUCCUCUUUAACCCUCUGAUACGGAGACACCUCCAACUCCCAAUCUCCCAAACAUUGUAUAACUCAGGCAGAGAUCUCAAUCUUUGUUUGGAGUAUGGAUUCGAUCUUGGUUUGGGGUAUGGAUUUGGGUUUGAUUCCAAGAAGAAAGAUUUCAAGGUGGUACAUAUGUGUUACACUCGCGACUUCAAGGCUCCUCCUAAGGUGGAGUUGUAUUCCCUCAACGAAGGUGCUUGGAGGGUUCUUAAUACUCCAUUCGUGAAACCAACACUCGACCAAUAUGUAUUUUGUUACGUUCGCCGUUGUGGGCAACAAUUAUUUUUCCAGGACAGUGUGCAUUGGCUUGUCAAAGAGUGCGGGGACGAGAUGAUGAAUCAAAUUAACGCGAAAGCUGAAAAGGCAGAAUUUGAUAGAUGGUGGAUAUAG